UUCUCCUUUCCACUGAAGAGCAGAGCUCUCUCUCUCUCUCAAUGUGUCUAUUUGUAGGGUUUUGCUUCAAAUGCUUGUUGUUUCCAUGAAAUUUUAGAGUACUUUGGUUGUAUUCCUUGAAAGGCAGUGUUUUGCUGCUGAAAACACGGAGGGACAGGAUUGUCAUCAUUUAAGCCAUCUUGGAUUGGAAUGCAAGUCCAAAUGAUCUUUCUUUCUUGGGGUUUUGGUGUCAAGUCUUUAUCUCUUCUUGUCUCUCAUCACUUGCCUUGAUUUAAAGGGGGGAGCUUGGAAGGGGUUUCUCUGUAGCUUUCUCAGCUAUUCAGAUCAUUAGUCUUUUGCCAUCAGGGAAAUGUGGGGUGGUCUAUGCAUGGAUGAUGUGAAAAUUGUCGAGCUAAGCCAAAGCUGAAUUCUGUUUAUGUGGUUGUUGAUAGUCUAGAAGCCGACAUUUUACGUUGAAGAGUUUGCAUGGUGGUUAUACACAGUUCAAAGUAUGUUGUCCGGGCCAAUUGGACGAAAUGUGAGAGAAUAUGAAGUUCAUAAGAGGGAUUCUAUAUAUCAAAGCUCAAUAGAGAUACAAAAAACAAGGAAACAAAUAGACGGGAAAUGAAUCUAUAAUCCAUGGAUAACAAGAAAUCUUUUCUCUCAUUUGAUAGUUUUGAUUCCUUGCCAAGGUCCUGCCAAAUAGAACAAGGUUUGUUUAAUAAACAGAUGAAGUCUCAAUCUAUUAUUACCUCACCGAUAAAACCUGUGGAGUAUUUGGAUCUUUCCUUCCGUGUUCUCCCUGAAGAGCACUCGGUCCUUGCCAGUUCGAACUCUGGAUAUAUAUCGUCGAGGGAUAAUUCAGCAGAUAACUUCCCUAGGCACACUGCAUUCCACAGUGGUGAAGGAACUCUGGACUUUAUAGAACAUGGUUCUGAAAAUGAUCAGAAUGCUCGUCAUGAGAAAAAUAUAUUAUCUGCUUUCACUAAGUCUUCUUCCGUAAAGGAGGGAACGUUCAGUUUUUCUAAAGCCAAUGCAAAACACCGGUUUGGCCAUUUGAAGAAAUUAUUAGAUCCUAUUGUGAGAUAUAGAUCAAUGAGGAGCCUAUCACUCAAUGAAGCUGAAACUUAUGGUGUUACAGCUAGUGUGUUCCACAAAACUCUGCUAACUGACACCUCAAGUAAAGUUGAAAGGAUUGAAUGCGAUGAGUCUUUGAUCGAAGGCAACAAAGCUUUGAUAACAAAUCCUUCGUCUGCGCACCUUUAUGGAACUCUCAAAUUAGAAUUUAAGCAAGGUGUUCCGGCAUUUGAGUUCUCUGUCAAAGAUCCUGACCUUGUGCUUUUAGCGAAGACAUGGAAAACAGAUAAUGCAUUUAACUGGGUGUACACUUUUCACCGAAAGAAGAGUAACAGCACUGUUUGGAGUGCAAAAGACAGGCACAAGCACUCAUCACCAACCAUCGGCCAGAUGCAUGUUUCAUGUGAUCUUUGUUUUGAAGUUAAUGGUGAUAAACAUUUAAACAAAUCCAUGGUAACAGAGUUCAUUUUGUUUGACACUGACCAAGCAAGGAGGAGCUACAUCACAAACAUCGCUUUGGACAACAAAAGCUCGAGCAAAGAUCAUGAUAAACAUGCUUCUAAUGACAAUGAUUCAAUUGUUUCGGCUUCCUACCCGUUAGCGCCUUCAGAGUUGCAUCCACAACAUGAAAUUGCAGCCAUUGUAAUUCAGACUGCCUUCACCAAGAAGGAUGGCUCGAAAGAGUUGCAAGCCGAUGAGACUAAUACUACCUCCACUGGUCAAUAUUAUUCGAACAUCAAUGUGGUUACUCCAAGUGGGAGACACGGGUUGUCACACACUGAAGAAGAUGGUCUGUCAUCUUUGCUUGAUCGAUGGAGAUCAAAUGGUGGUUGUGAUUGUGGUGGCUGGGAUGUGGGCUGUCCACUUUCCGUUUUCAAGAAUUGCAUUUUGAAUUCAGGAAAUCAAUCAAUGAUGCUAUCUGUUCAGGGAAAUAAAGAAAAAUUACCUGCAUUGUCAAUCAAAGCCGAUGGGAAGGGACAGUAUUCAGUUCAAUUCCACGCGAGGUUUUCUGCACUUCAAGCAUUCUCAAUCUGCAUUGCAAUGUUACAUGGCUUGGAAACUCCGGAGAAAAUACUGAAACUUUAUCCGAAUUCACUGAACAUGCUUCUCGGCGAUGAAGUGAGAAGUCUAAUUGAAGCAGUAAACACAGAGAAGGCGAAGAAAUUAGAUAAGAGAGUAGAAGAAAUCCAUCCAUGCUUCAAUUUAGAUCCACCAUUUUCUCCAAUGUCUAGAUAAUUGAGAAUUGCUGUCUUUGAACUUGAAUGUAUGAACACAAGGCUAGUAAUUAGUCUUUGUUAUCACUUCAGUGAGAAUGUUAUGUAGAGAAUUAUAAAUUUUUGUUCAAUAUUUAUAUGAACUUCUUGAUGAU